UCCCAUCACUAGUAGCACGUCACAACUGUUAGAUGGUCUUCGCAAGCGCUGGGUGUUUGUUUCUUUACGACCCACAAUCUGUGUUACACCCACAGCUUGCUACUAUUUAGGCUAGUUAGAGGUAGCCUAGCUAGCUUAUAGUAACGUGCAGCUACCUAAUGAAACGUUAUAUACUUGCGUAUUGAGAAAUGUUUAUUACACUUAAUGGUGAUUUAUCAGUUUGUAGCCACCGCUGCUGUUAUUUCUGGACGUUUUGUUUUGCUGUAUUUUGUCCGGCGUUUUCACCGUUAGUCUCCUCCCGUUGGGUUCGCUUUAGCACCACCAUGAGCUAAUAAGUAGCCAUCUUACUUUGAGGGUAUAUGGGUGUCAUAAUUAGCAGUAACUUCACCGGGUGAACUUCAAGGACACGUCAAGGUUCUGUAUAUUCGUCUCUGGGUUUUGGGGGUUGUGAUGUCUGAGCCCACCCCAAAGACACCCACCCCUGCUGGAGACACGUAUAAGGGAUGGGUGUUCAAGUGGACAAACUACAUCAAGGGUUACCAGAGGAGGUGGUUCGUCUUAAGCAAUGGCUUGUUGUCCUAUUACAGGACCCAGGCUGAAAUGGGCCACACGUGCCGCGGCACCAUCAACUUGGCGACAGCGACCAUCACAGUGGACGACGCGUGUAAUUUUGUCAUCUCUAUUGGCGGCGCACAGACGUAUCACCUGAAAGCCAGCUGUGAGGUGGAACGCCAGCGCUGGAUUACAGCGCUUGAGCUGGCCAAAGCCAAAGCGGCCCGUAUUCAGGCAGAAUCGGAUGACUCUGGCGAUGACCCUUCCCCAUCAUCCCCUCCCGCGGCUCCUGGACAAGGAGGGGGAUCACAGAAUUCCGAAGUCCAGUCGACGCUGAGAACCUUAGGAAGCAAAGUGGAAGAUUUGAGCACAUGCAAUGACCUCAUCUCAAAGCACGGCUGCGCUCUGCAGAGGUCUUUAUCGGAAUUGGACAGUUUACGUUUGACUGGCGAGGCAGGGGAUAAGAUUCGUCAGGUGACCGAAAGGGCCACCCUGUUCCGCAUCACCUCCAAUGCCAUGAUAAAUGCGUGCAGAGACUUUCUGGCCCUGGCUCAGGCCCAUAGCAAGCGAUGGCAGAAGGCCCUGCAGGUUGAGCGAGAGCAGCGGGUGAGGCUGGAGGAGACUUUAGAGCAGCUGGCCAAGCAGCACAACCACCUGGAAAGAGCGUUUAGGGGAGCUGCCCAGCCCAACGCCAACAAUAAAGUUGGUGCUGUUCAAGGGGAGGCCAGCGAUGAGGACGAUGAAAACGAGUUCUUUGAUGCUGUUGAGGAGGCGCCUGAGUUCAUCACGGUUCCCGCAGAUCCUCACUUCCAUAAGAGGUCGAGUAGUAACGCUAGUGGGUUCAACAGCGAAAUGUGCUCGGAUGAUCAGUCGCUCAACGAGGAACCUCUUGCAAUGAGCCAGGAGGCGCCCUCGCAGGAACUGGUGCCCCUGAAGAAGAGGCGUAAACGCAUUCCAGACAAACCUAACUACUCUCUCAACUUGUGGAGCAUCAUGAAGAACUGCAUUGGCAAAGAGCUGUCAAAGAUCCCCAUGCCUGUGAACUUUAAUGAGCCCAUCUCCAUGCUACAGCGGCUGUCGGAGGAUCUGGAGUACCACGAGCUGCUGGACAAGGCUGCCAAGUGCCACAGCUCGCUGGAGCAAAUGUGCUACGUCGCCGCCUUCUCAGUGUCCUCCUACUCCACCACUGUCCACCGAACGGGCAAGCCCUUCAACCCCUUGCUGGGCGAGACGUAUGAGCUCGACCGCCGGAGAGAGAGCGGCUAUCGCUCCCUCUGUGAGCAGGUCAGUCACCACCCACCGGCCGCAGCCCAUCAUGUGAUCUCAGACCGAGGCUGGACUCUGAGGCAGGAAAUUACAGUGGCCAGCAAAUUCAGGGGCAAAUAUCUCUCUAUCAUGCCAUUAGGCACAAUCCAUGCCACCUUUGAGAAGAGCAACAAUCACUACACCUGGAAGAAAGUUACCACCACAGUGCACAACAUAAUCGUUGGGAAACUCUGGAUCGAUCAGUCAGGAGAGAUUGACGUAGUGAACCACACCACUGAAGACCGCUGCCAUUUGAAGUUUGCACCUUACAGUUACUUUUCUAGAGACGUCGCCAGAAAAGUAACUGGUGUGGUGAUGGACAAGACGGGCAAGGCCCACUAUGUGUUGUCGGGCACGUGGGAUGAGAAAUUGGAGUUCUCCAGGGUGAUGCAAAGCAGCCGAGGAGGAGGAGGAGGUGACAACGGCUCCGAGGGCAAACAGAAGACCGUCUACCAGACCUUAAAAGCAAGAGAGCUUUGGAAAAAGAAUCCUUUACCUGAGGGAACUGAGACUAUGUACUACUUCACUGACUUGGCGCUCACGUUGAACGAGCCUGAGGAGCCCGUAGCGGCCACCGACAGUAGGCGCCGCCCCGAUCAGCGCCUGAUGGAGGACGGCCGCUGGGAUGAGGCCAACGCCGAGAAGCAGCGUCUGGAGGAGAAGCAGCGCAUCGCCCGACGGGAGCGUGAACGGGAGGCUCUCAGCCAGCGCUCCUCCAGCCAGUCCGAUGAAGCUGUCGAUGAGGAAUCUCUUACUGAUCCGUCACUGAAAUGUGGACCCCACGACAACUACAACGCCCUUUGGUUCGAGCGCUGUCAGGACCGCAUUACAGGUGAGCAGAUUCACAUCUACAAGGGAGGCUACUGGGAAGCAAAGGAUCGCGGCUGCUGGGAGGGCUGCCCGGACAUAUUUUGACCCCAGCCUUGACUGAAAAAAGGUUUGCCUACCAGCCCCAUCAAGUGGACAAUUCCCCCAUCUCUGUUCUAAGAGACCUCCCAGGAGGACAGUUGCUGCUUUCUGACCAAGAGAGUUGUGUCCCCAGUUGAGGGCAGCGGCGCCUCUUGGUUGGAGGACAUCACCCAUCCCCUAUAAGUGAGUAGUGCUUCCAUAGCCAUUGUAGACUAUUCUCUUAAUGCGAUAACAUAAUGUUUCCUCUUCAAUUAUAUGCUUAAAACACUUAAUAUAUAAACUCUAAAUAUAUAUGAUGAUAAUAAUAAUAAAUGUUACAAAUUUGGUGGCCUUCAUGAAUUUAAGGGAACAUUUCUGGUGUAAUAUUUUUGUGUUUUAAUGUGUCUUCCACCACAUUUGUUUUGGUGUAGAUUUGAAUAAUUUUUGUUUUUGUCAAAAGAAGACCUCGCCUUUUCACCCACUGAAUAUUGCGACACAAAUGAAUUCUAUUUUGAAUCGGUUGUCAAAAAACAUUUUAAAGCGAAUACUUGUUUUUAAGUGUGUGAUCAAUGUCAGCUAACAUACUGUACACCAAAAAAUGCGAGUUGUUUUUUGUUUGUAAGUGUACUUAAAAAUGACAAAGGCAAAAAAAGCAUUAUGAAUAAAUCAUAUUUUAUAAAUGUAUAGAAAGUCCAUAUGUAUUUGAAAACUGAGGUUAUUUUUUGCUUCCAAAGUGAACGGUCUUCAAUUUCAGAGAGGGGAAAAUAAGGGAGAUUCCAUAAUAUUGUUUGGUAUUUUGUAGGAAAAAAAUGCCAAAUACAAUCUAUAAUAAAUGCUGUAAUGUAAACAGUUAUUUAUACCCUGUUUUGAUUGCACCAUGACUAUUUGUUUUUGUAAGAUUUAAGCCUUAAACUACUGGCCAAAAUUAACAUGCUUAUGGGAAAAAAUAUUUUAUGCCAGUAGGGCUGAACUGAAUCAAAAAUAAUAUAAUAAUAAUAAUGAUGCAGUAUUGUUAGCAGAAAUACAAAAAGACUCCAUACAUUCAUUUGAAAGAACACAAUAUAGCUGGGUUGGACGUGUCGUCACGUCCUUUUGUUGUUGGUUUUGACUGAAGCACAUGGGGAGUCAAACAAGCGUACAGUAUUUGUAGCAAGAAGUCAAGUGAUAGCAGAGUGAGAAAAUGCACCAUACACACGCUGUUCCCACAAGGGGAAAUGGUUCCGGUAGGGGUUUUAAAAACAUGUUGUUCCAGAGUUCCUAAAAUAAUCCACUAAGGGAAAAAAGUUUUUCUAACAACCUGACAAACCCAGCAAAAAGUGGCUGCUGUCUUAAACCUGUUGCUCUUGCCAAGUGGAGCCACAUCUGAUACAAUCAAGUUUUCAGGGAAAACUUUGGCAACGUCUGUAUGAACUUGAAAAUAAACUGUAAAAGUCUGUUUGAUUUAUUUACUUUUCUUAAUCUACAUAUAUUUACAUAUGAGUUGGUUUAAUUUUUGUAUGUUAUGUUAAUGCUGUCAAAUAAUUUUUUAAUCCACUUUUGAAUUUGGCCCAAUCACAGGUUAUUACUCGCUUAUUACAAUUUCAAUUAACUUGAAAAAGACCGUAAUAUUUGGACAAAAAUACAACUUCAUUGUCAGAAUGUUGUUUUUUUCAUACCAUACCAGCUUUAUCUACUUGAAUGCAUGUUAUUUAUUUGCUCAAAACUUGAUAACAGUUUUAUCUGAAGUACCGAUCGGGUGUAUUUUGAAGUUAAAUUUGUCAGUGACCCCACCAGUCGGCAUCUCCUCAUUCAUCUUUGGCCUGAUCACUGACCUAAUAGGAACUUGUGACAUCUUCUUCAGUAACUAUCCGCUGUCAAGGUAAAAGAGUAUGUGCACACAAAAUUAAUUGCGUUAUUUAUCUGCGUAUAUACAUACAUCAUUGUUACGAUAAUUCUUUAGUCUAUGAGGUAACUUAUUUUUAUCAAUCUUAAUUUAUCGGUGGUAAUAAGUGUUUAUGGUGCAACGAUUAGCAUCAAGAAAACCUGGCUAAAUAUAUUGUUUAUUUAUUAAUUUGAACGGUUAUCGAAGUGAAUUUUGAGAAGCGAUUCACAGUAACUAUCUUAUCCAUCUGCUAAUUAGUACUCAUUGUUCAUGUGAAACAGCUGUUCAAAAGACUCAAUCUUUCAGCUUGCGUAAAGCUGCUGUUUUAGAUAUCUAUGUCUAUAACGCAUCACAUUUCUUGAACCCUCCAGCGAGCUACUUGGAAAGGCGCUGCAAGCUACUGGUAGCUUUUGAGUGACUGUUUGAAAAGGACUGAUCUAACCCCAUAUAUUGUUUCCUGUUAAGUAGUUGUUCAACCAGUUCAGAGUUAAAGCUGUAUCAUUCUAAUUUGUCUAUUAGGAUAUUGUGGUUGACUGUAUCAAAUGUUUUUUCAAGAUCAAUAAAUACUGCAGCUUUACACAGUUUAUGGCAGUGGUUGUUUCUUGUUUAAAUGAUUGCCAUCGAUGUUCAUGUUCUUACUGUAUUCAUAUUGGCUAUUGCAAAGUAGUGUGUUUUAUAAAUUCAUCUAAUCUGUAGGGAAACAAAAACAAUAUUUUCGGAUCAAUGCACUUUUUUGUAAACAAUUUAAAAACCUAUAAAUAUAACACAAAACAAUGUAACAGUACGUCAAAACAGGGGGGGCUUUGGGGGCCAAAAGUCAGGAUUUGAAUGAGAACCAAAAUGUAGUUUUUGUUUUUGUUAGUUAUUGUACACUGCAAUAUUGACUUUAUUUUGCUAAAAUUAUUCCCUGUUAUGUAAUAAACAGUAGUAACUUUUUUGUUGAUCUUGUUACAUUGUCUUUUAAUGUUGUACAGCAGGGGUGCCCACACUUUUUCAGCAGGCGUGCUACUUUUUAAAUGACCAGGUUUUUCUGUCUUGCCUCUUGGUGAGGGUGGUCGCAUUUUUCCCUGCUCCUCCUCCUUCCCGCUUGCUUUCUUGUGUCCUUGUCUUUGUCUGAACUUUUUUGAAGCCUCUUUUCUUGAGCUGUCCUCAAAUCUAAACAUCAAAAUGAAUUUGAUCAACUGGACUCUUGACGCAAUUGACACAGUCUUUUCGACAAGGAAAAGAGGUUCGGGGGAGCCUGGCUGCUCUGAUGGAACCAUUGCUGCGGGGUACGUGAGAGAUUCCUGGAAUACUUGGAGAAUCAUGUGCCUCUCAGUCCUUUCCAUCGAGGACGUGGAAGACAUCUACCUAUUUUGGAGCUGUGAUCGCAGGGCAUUUGCUGAUUGGGCUGGGCAUUGCUCUGGUGUAUCGUCAAAUUCGGAAGACGAUUGCAGCCACUCAAGGGGCCAACAGGCUGUUCAACGCAAUGGAAGGAUUGGGUCGUGCUGUGGGAUCACAGACUGGAGCGAUUGCUGAUUUGAAUCGCAAAAUGGAUUCCAUCUUGAUGAAGUUUGCAGAGAAAGAAUAAAUUGGAAUUGUCGAAGCCAGCACACAAGAGCAGGAAUGUCAUUGUUUUGACUGCUCGAAGAAAAAACAACAUCUUAAUCUACGAUUUGACUCCCUCGAAUGGCCUUGAGGAACAGGCUGUUUGAAAACACUCCCCUGAGGACUCCUCAAAGAUGGACGCUUUUGACCUUCCCUUUUUUUCAAAAGCACCUGGGUCGGACUCUUGAACUCUUGAACUUUUGGGGCCGGCCUCGGCCCAUAAAGACAAUUCCAACAUCUCACCCAAGUUAAUUGGGCAUACAUGCACGCACACGCCCCUCCCCAAAUCAACGCCUUCACCACUGCUUAAUUCCUCCGGGGUUGUGGGGGCUGAGUAGCGCUCAACAGCGGCUGCCGGCCUCCAGGGUCCUGUUGGAUGACUCUGUUGCGAGUUGUUGUGAUUACAUGUACCAUGUGUAUGUGUGCCAUGCUAUGUGAGGUUUUUUCCUCGGACUCAGUCUGGACCACUCCUGAGGGUCCAGCCUCAGACUGAUAUUUUUUUUACUCUUCCCCCUUUCCCAAUGUCACCUUUUUCCCACCUUUUUAAGGAGAGCCCUAAGUGGCUGAUUCGUUGGCGGUCCCGUCUUGUCCCCCUGUAACGUAUGUCUGCUCUUAGCGGGAUUGUGCCGAAAAUGUAAUCUCAGUUCUUAUGUG